UCACUCUCUCGGUGUUUAUUGUAUUUUCGAUCCUAUAAUAGUGUCUCCUCUGUUGUCAUUCCUAAAACCCUGAAAUUCUCACUAAAUCUGACCAUUUCAUGAGGUGGAAGAAAUAUUUCCCGCGGAGAUGGACUGACCGGACACAAUUAUGAGUAUGAUGGUUGGCUGAAAAUAAAGAAUGUCUAAAGCCGUCAAUGCCAGCCACCUGCACCAGCUGAGUGUGACAGCUGUUAGUGGGGACUUGUCAGGUAUUAGCAGCAUUUUCAAUAAGCCAUCAGCCUAUGUGGAGCUGCUAGUGGAUGGUGUGCACCAGAAGAAAACACAGCAUGUCAAGCACAAUGCUCACCCCAAGUGGCAGGAAACUUUUACAGUACUGGUGACCAAGGAUUCUGUGUUGGUGUUCCGAGUGAGUGACCAUCACACUCUGGUACGAGACUCUUUCAUAGGGGAGGCCACUCUCAAUUUGGCUGAUGUGGUGGCUCAUAGUGAUGGCAUGUCCUCCUCAAACCACACACUCAGUCUCACCUCCCCAAACAGUCUCCCCUCAGUUGUCUCUAAAACUCCCACCAUCACUGUUACCCUGGAUGGACUCAAAAACUUGACCACCAAUGGUGCUCGGCAAAGGGAAACAAACCAUAGUCUUCCUACAGAUGAGCGUGUGGUGGAAGAAGGCUGGGUACUUCUGGCAGACAUGUCCAAUGACCGGCGACGGGACCCUAAACCCGCAUAUGCUGGAAUUUACUCUGGCCUUAACCCUUCUCUGGGCCCAGCACCUUGUGCAGCUCCAGUAGUGAAUGUUAGUGCAACAAAUAGUAAUGGGUCUGCCGCGAGCAACACCAUCACAGUGCGCGUUGGAGGCAAGACACCGCCUCCUGUUCCUCCUCCACCGCGCCCACCCAUACCAGAAACAAGUGUUGCUGGGAAUAGUCCCUUACCUGCCAUACCCUUACCAGGGAGCAGCUCUGGAACAAGUUCAGUGACACACACACCAGGUACACAGAGUCCCCUGCCCCAGCUUCCAGCCAUUAACAAUGACACUCCUGCUGCUGCUUCUCAUCCAAGUGUGCGCACCAGGAAGAAUAUAGGCAAUGGUUCAGCCAUAUUGGUUCUCGGGGGAGACAGUCCUACAGAUGGAAGUAGCAGUCAGAACGGGACCCCAAGUACUAGUUUGAAUGGUACGAAUGGUGUUGGUCAGUCCACCUCUUCCACUCCCACUGCCACCCCUGCUGCUGGCCUUCCUGCAGGCCAGGCAGGGGCACACUCAGCAAUAGCUAAUAGCACUGCAGUAGUUAAUGGCCAGCUUCCCACCAGCGCUGUGUCCUCAGCUUCUUCCUCUCCAGUGGCCAAAUCCACUGCACCGGCUGUUGUCCCCAGAACCUCUCGCCACCGAACCAACAAGCUGAAGCGGAACUCAGCUGACAGUAGCAACAGUGGUGUUGUGGGUAGCAGUGCUAGUGCUGGCAGCACCAGCACCAGUUCAGGUGUUGGUGGAGCAGCAACAGGUCCCACUGGAGGUAGCAAUGGUACUAGUCAAUCAAACUCAUCAACAGCUGAGGAGCCAUUGCCUCCUGGGUGGGAGAUGAGGUACGAUCAGUUUGGGCGGAGAUAUUAUGUUGACCACACCACUCGAUCCACCACCUGGGAGCGUCCUAAGCCCCUACCUGCUGGGUGGGAAGCACGGCGGGAUCCCCGGGGGAGGGUGUAUUAUGUAGACCACAAUACCCGCACCACCACCUGGCAGCGGCCCACUGUGGAAAACAUCAGGCAAUUUGAGGAAUGGCAAGGAGAGAGGCAGCACAUUGCCCAACUCAGCUCCCAGCGGUUCCUGUAUCCCACUCAAAACCAGGAGACUGAGAAUGAUCCUCUGGGACCUCUUCCCCAUGGUUGGGAGAAACGUCAUGAACCUUGUGGUCGUGUGUACUUUGUAAACCAUCGAAACCGUACCACUCAGUGGGAUGACCCUCGCACUCAGGGGAUGGCACUGGAGGAGGAGCCUUUGCCAGCUGGGUGGGAGAUGAGAUUUACAGAGGAUGGUCGGCAGUACUUUGUGGACCACAAUACAAAACAAACCACUUUUCAGGACCCUCGGCCAGGAGCCAAACAAAUCAACUCCAGUCGGGGCCAGUAUGGCAUCCCAAUGGUGUAUGAGCGUUCCUUCAGGUGGAAGCUUGGCCAGUUCAGAUACCUCUGUCAUAGCAAUUCUGUGUCUGGCCACAUCAAGAUCAGUGUGACCCGGCAGACGUUGUUUGAGGAUUCCUUCCACCAGGUAAUGAGACUCCCAGCAUAUGAACUGCGUCGGCGAUUGUUCAUCAUCUUCAGGGGCGAAGAUGGCCUAGACUACGGUGGAGUAGCAAGAGAGUGGUUUUUCCAGCUGUCCCAUGAGGUAUUGAACCCCAUGUAUUGCUUAUUUGAGUAUGCCAACAAGAACAAUUAUUCCCUACAAAUCAACCCAGCAUCAGAAGUCAAUCCUGAUCAUCUGACGUAUUUCAAGUUCAUUGGUCGCUUCAUUGCCAUGGCUCUUUACCAUGGCAAGUUCAUCUACUCGGGCUUCACCAUGCCUUUCUACAAGCGGAUGCUGAACAAAAAGCUCACCAUGAAGGACCUUGAAUCUAUUGACCCUGAGUUUUACAAUUCUCUUUGCUGGAUCAGAGACAACAACAUAGAGGAAUGUGGUUUGGAGAUGACUUUCUGCACGGACUUUGAGGUCUUAGGCAAAAUCUCUGAAGUGGAACUGAAAACUGGUGGCAAGGACAUCCAGGUCACUGAAGAAAACAAGGAGGAAUACAUAGAACUAAUGAUGCAGUGGAGAUUAACCAGGGGACAGGAAGCCCAAACACGGUACUUCCUUGAGGGCUUUUCAGAAGUUGUACCACUUGAGUGGCUCAAGUACUUUGAUGAGAGGGAGCUGGAACUGCUGCUUUGUGGCAUGCAAGAAAUAGAUAUCAAUGACUGGCAGAAGCAUACCAUCUAUCGUCACUAUAACCGCUCUUCAAAACAGAUCAUCUGGUUUUGGCAGUUUGUGAUAGAAACAGAUAAUGAGAAGCGUGCAAGAUUGCUCCAGUUUGUGACAGGGACAUGCCGGGUCCCUGUUGGAGGCUUUGCAGAACUUAUGGGAAGCAAUGGACCUCAGAAAUUCUGCAUUGAGAAGGUUGGGAAGGAGACUUGGCUACCUCGUUCUCACACAUGCUUCAACCGUCUAGACUUGCCUCCUUACAAGUCCUAUGAGCAAUUGGUGGAAAAGCUCACUUUUGCCAUUGAAGAGACAGAAGGCUUUGGCCAGGAGUAGUGAUCCCAACAUCUGUAACCUGAGCAGAUUAUUUAACGAGUGUAAAUGUGUAUGUGCAUUGGGUAGGUCAUACCAAGUAUUUACAAACUAUGCUUUUGCAUAUAUAUAUAUAUACAUACAUUUAUACAUAUAUAUAUAAUAUAUAUAUUUCUAUUGGCCACACUGAUGAUCUGUCACAAUAUAGUUUGAUAACCCAAUUUUAUCCUACCCAGGUUGUGUUGUAUCAGCCAGUUUGAAUAGCUGGUUGGUUCCUAUUGAUAAACAAUAAGUUCAUGAUUAAUUUAUCAUAAUAUUUUCUUUUCCAAUAUGUUUGGGGAAGGCAUUAUUAUAUGGAUUGAUAUUGUUGUGUUUUAUCUUUAUCCAAAGAAUAUGUUAUUAGCUCAUGGGAGAGAGUCUUGAAAGUUGUAUUAUAAGCUGUAUAAAAGAUUUAGACCUUUAUGCUUGACUAUGCUUCUGUCCUAGACUUCAUUAAUCAGUGACUAGAAUGACAGGAUUCUAUAAUGUUGAUUUAAUAUACUUUAUCACUGCAGUGACACCUAAGAGUAGGGGAGAUGGCUAAUUUGUGCACAUUGUGAUAUAUUUGGUUUCAACCAAUCAAAUGAUGACAAUCUUUCUGACCCUGUCCCAUGCUGCUGUUACUUCAUAGUGAUUAUUGUUGAUCAUUUGGCCUUGGAGGGAUAUGCUCAUCCAUUUUGAUGACUGUGUUGAAGAAAGUUAUUUUAUUUGUAAUUGUUGGAGAGUUUCUACAAGUUUCCAAAAGUAAUUGAAGCAGCUUCCGCUUUUCCCACAAGUCUUCCUUGCUUCCCUUCCAGCUGUGUUACAGUCUGUUUCUUAUCUCCACCACGUUUCUCUAAGGAAAUUACAGUUAUUUGAUUUAUUAUCUCCCAUGAUGGGCAGUGAUACUUGGUGUUUGUGAUAACUCAUGACUUAUGAGUGAUGUUUGAGUGCAGUAUGAACUGUAUUGACAUUGUACAUUAAUACAAUAUAGAAAAAAUCCAAGCAUCUUUGUUAUCUGUAAAAA